GGCUGGUCAGUGAGGAGAGAGAGAGAGAGAGAGAGAGAGAGAGAGAGAGUGAGAGAGAGAGCGCGGAACAAAAUGCUUUUUAUUCAGUAACAGGCUCAUUGAGGAGCUGACAGACCCCUCCAGAGACCCUCCAGAGACCCUGCAGAGCCUCACUUAACAACACGCUUCAUUCCUGCUGGAGUCCAACCAGCCGCAGUCUCCGGGUUUGUCUCUCUUCACUGGAACACCUCGGGACUCUGCAGACUUUGAAAUACUUUCUCUUGGACUGCACCGGGCUUUUCUCACAGGCUCUGGGUUUUUCCUGGUGAUGACCUCACUGCUGCUCCUGGCACUGCCCACGCUGCGAUGAAGGACCUCUCCUCCUCCUCCUCUCCUCUCAGCUCCCUGCUCCACUACCCGUCCUCCAAAACCUCAGCCGUGACAUUCUCUUCUCCGUCUUCCGGCUCCGCCUCCUCCUCGCCAGGAUCAUCGCUCUCUUCGGCCAAACCUCAGCCCUUCUGCCUCCAGACGGGUCCACAUCUCAUCGCCAGCAUGCAGCUACAAAAACUCAACUCGCACUACCAGAACCUCGCCGGGGCUUCUGCGGGACACCAAGCAACCAGCGGUGCUCAAAGAGGGUUCGGGGCCUCGCCACUGAGCACGGGGAACCAGCUCCUGGGGCCGUCUGGAGGUGGAAUGGGUGUCGGCAUCAGCAUGGGGAACCAAACCUCUGGUCCGGGUGCAAUUAUCGACUUUGACCCGGUGGGAGAGGUUCUCAUGUCGCUGGUGGUAGAGCUCGGAUUGGACCGAGCCAACGAGCUGCCCGAGCUAUGGCUGGGCCAGAACGAGUUUGACUUCAUGUCGGACGUACCGGCCGGAUGCUGACAGAUGAGAAGAAAAAACUUUUAAAGAUCUAUGGAAGUAGUUGACAAAGAGAGAGAAGAUGUUCUCUCCUCUAUUUUCUUUUUCUUUUUCCUCCUUUUCUUGGUCGAUAAAACGACGAAACAGAAGAAACUGCGACAAAGAGAAAGAGAUAAGAUGCACACUCUGGUUUCUUACUUUCUUUUGAACUCUUUAUGGAAAGACAGAUGGAUAAAAGAAAACCAUAACUUGCUUUGGAUUUAGUAGUUGUUUUUUCAAUCAAGUUGUGCUCUUGCGGAAAGAGGGCUCUGAUUUGUAUUUUGCUUUUUCAUUUGAAGACGAAAAACCUGAACCAUGAGCUGAGUAGGAACAGAAGGAAGGAGUCAAACAAACAAAGAGACCCAAGGAGCUCAACUCCCCUUGAAACCAACGAGCAAUGGCUGGUUUUAUUGGGAACAAAAUGAUCCACAAAAGACAGGUUGGAGAUGUUUGAAGCCUUCUGGAAACAAAACAGUCAAGUUGACGCGCCGGUUUGACUUCUGUUUUUCUCUUGAAUGAUCAAUAGAAACAAGACUUUCUGGGAAGUUUGUGAAGGAUGACACGCACUAUGUUUCCUGUUUUCUCAAUGGACAAUAUUAGACUCUGGUCUUGUGGGCAAGGGACUCCUGAUCCCUUGUUCUUCACAAAGAAAUUGCUUGUCUUAGAACUGGUUAUCUCAAUGUUCUUCUUUUCCGUUCUUCUUCUUGUUUGAAUAAAGAUCAACCAGUCGAAUUCACAGAACAUGUUAUUUAAGACAGUUGCUGAUACCCAUCAGGACCUCUAGACAAGGAGCGCUUCUAUAAAUCGGUUCUACUUCUCUCAACGUAAUGAAUUAGAUAAAAGAGAUGUGGAUGUUUCAGAGCAUGGGACCUGAAUGGAGUAAUUUGUUUUCUCUUGCUCUGGAACACAGCCCCAUUGAAAUGGUUGAGGACUUUUGGUCAUGUGAGUCGCUACUACAUGUACGUUAUUUGUUCCCCGGCCUACAGUGUAAGAUCACUGACCCAGAUGGUGUAGUCAAUCUGUUGUCAAUUAUCCGAGAUAGCUCUUCCUGUUUUGAGUGAGGAUACAAGGUCUGGUACACAUUUGUGUAUGCAAUCCCAGUGGCAACCCUGCUGUUUUUUGUUUGUCCUGUUUUUACCAUCUUUGACGUUUGUUUUAAAAUUGUUAAUUCAGCCCAAACACACCUUAUUAUCGCCAAAGCAUCAUCUGUUUUAUCAUUAUAGACGGGGAUUUUAAGUCCACAUAUUGCAGAGGCUUUAUACCUAAACAUCAACUGCCUUAUGGUUAAAACAUUCACAAUGUUUAUCCAAAGGUUUAAGCUUCAGUACCAAAGUAAACUUGUAAAUAUUUGAACCCCCAAAUAAUAAAGGUUAUAUGCUACUGUUUGCCGCUAACAUGUUAGCAUCCCAGUCUGCAUUUGUACUGCUUUACUUUCCCUUGGCAGUGGAAAUGUUUAGAACAUCUUUGCAGGUUAGCAGUGCACCCUCCAGCAGCCAUAUUGGUGAUCCUCGAGCUGUUUGGCCGCAGUUGCACAUUUAGCAAUUUAGCCACUUGCAAGCUAGCCAGCAAGUCCGACUCUCAAGUGUUUAAUUAUGGCUUCUUAAGCCUGUUCAAAUAAGUGUUAGCAUUAGCAAUACGGGCCGAUAGCACGCUGACCAUAUCCUUACAAAAAAAACGAGAUGUAAUGAAUGUAUCACCAAGCAAGUCGUGCACAUCCUUUAGCUCGUCAGCCGCUAAAAACACAUUAGUUUUCAAGCUAACACAGACAAGAAGCCUUAAAGGUGUUGAAUACAAUGACAACAGGCACUGAGCUCACACAUUUAUUCUUGUCCGAGUUUAGCUAAUUGCUACCAUGCAAGCUUCUGAACAUCAUAUUUUAUGAAUAUUACAUUAAUUGGAAUUUAGCACUUUGCUACUUAAACUCAAGUGCCACUUACAGCGUUUUCUGGAGCUUUAGCUGUGUCAAAAAAUGGGAUGUUGAAGCUAGCAAUCCUUAAAGAGUUGGAUUAUAUCGUGACAGCUUCCGAGCUUUUGUGUCAGACAAUUCGAGUGGCAACCGAGCAAACUAACAUCUAGAGCUGAAGAUAUAUGGCUUAGGUUAUAGUAAAUGGACCAUGAGGUGGGUUUGUUUUGUGGUCUGUCGGCCUAUAGGGUAAUUGUUCUUGAGUUGAUAUACUCAGACUGGGGCAGGUGUUGUUUCUUGCCAGUGCAGACUUAAGUUGUUGGGGGGGG